AUGCCAAUCCUCACACUCGGCUUCUUCUGUCUGCAACUCGACCGUGGUAACACGGCCAAUGCUAUUACAGACAAUUUCAUGGCCGACGUCGGCAUAGACCAAGACCAAUUCAACGUCGGGCAACAAAUUCUUUCCCUCGGCGUCGUUCUCACCGAAAUCCCUUCCAACAUGGUCCUCUACCGCGUCGGUCCGGGCAAAUGA